AUGAAGCCAAGCGUAGGCGCCGUUAUUCGCAUACUCCUCUUCGCAUUUCUUUCUAUCGCCUUACAUGUACAGGCCAACAAACGUUCAUGGUCAACGGAAAAGGCACGUAGCCACGCCAAUUACAAGCCCAUAGGCCGUGGCCUACCGGAUAUUAGUGAGGAGGAUAAGAAGGCCAUAGCAGAUUUUAAGAAACUCGCUAAGCCUGCCAAAACAGUUAACGCUCUCGGUUCUAACAACAUGUAUUAUCCCUGGAUUCCAACCGUUUCGGAUUUGAACGCUGCUAUUCCAUUCUAA